AUGUAUGUAGACCCAAGACUCGUAAACUAUAUAGCAAUGUGGGCUUCUCCAAAAUAUUGCAUAGCAGUUGGAAAAAUUAUGGACUCCAUAGACAAGAAAGUUCAUGAGAAAUUAGAUGAAGAAGAACUUGAAGAUACAGUAGAGAAUGCUAAACCUUUGUUCGAAGAAGAAGUUAGAAAAAUGCAUGAAAAACAAAUAGAACAUGAACGUGAGAUAUGUUCUGGUUAUAGAGACUCUCCAUACGAACUAGACCAAUGGGAACAAGAAGAUUUAAAGAGAGAAUUUAGAGAAUAUGAACUCGCUAAAGUUUCAUUAGAAGCUGCAGAAGAGAGGUUAAAAGGUUGGGGUCCUUUUGUACAAAAAUAUUGUGAGUAA